AUGCCGGCUAAAAGGCGGUCCGCACCGACAGACGACGCGCCGGUGGACGUGGUCGAGAGCGCGUCCAAGCAACCGGAGCUUCCAGAGGCAAUGGGUCCUCUGGCAGCCCUCUUCCCCCUUACAGCAGUAUCUCCGGAUCCAACCACAGACGAGGCACUCAUACCGCUAGCCGACAUCAAGCUCGAGCAGGAGCUGCUGCGCAAUCCGGACAACUACCGCGUCUGGACAUCGUACAUCGAACACAUCGUCGAGACCAACGUGGUCAAGCGCCCGCCACCAGAUGUUGCCUUCACCACUUACCAGGCCGCGCUGCUGGGUCCGCUCGCGAGCAGCACGCAGCGCAUCGCGCUACGACGCAUCACGAGCAUUUACGAACGCGCGUUGGCACAGUUCCCCACUCGCUAUGCGCUAUGGCGCGACUAUCUCCAGCAUCGUUCUCGCUUCGUGAUGGGCGAACCCAAGGGUGGAUUCGAGGCCAAGCGCAAGCGCGAUCUACAAGCAGCCCGCGAGAAGCUCGACUUUGGUCCGACGCUCGUCGACUCGCAAGAUGACGAGGACUUCGGGCCAGCGUACCGCGGCGGAUUGGACGGCAUAGUGGGAUGGCAGGAGUGGAAGAGUCUGGCGGCGCUGUACGAACGCGCACUCAUGUGGCUGCCAACGAUGCCACGCAUCUGGCUCAGCUACCUAUCCAUGUUCUUGCAUCCGCAGUGUCCGCCUACCUUGUCCCACACGCAUGCGCGCCGCACUUUCGACCGGGCGCUGCGCACACUCCCCGGCUCGCUCCACUUGCGCGUCUGGAAGGUCUACCUCAGGUGGGCGGAGCGUCGUGGAGGCGAGACAUGCCUCAAGGUAUGGCGCCGAUAUCUACGCGUCGACCCGUCGUUGACAGAGCGAUACGUCUCUAUCCUGCUGGCGCAGACCGAGGAUCAGGAUGAAGAGGUUGAAGGCGAGGGCGAGGAUGAUGACAGCGCAACAACGCGAGCCAAGGGAGGCGUAUCGAAGGCGCUGGAAGCAUCCAAGCUGCUUUUGGGACUAGCACGCAGAGCAGCAGACGGCUCCUACAUCAGCCCGGACGACAAGAGCCCCUACCAGCUCUUCACCGAAUGGCUCGAACUCACGGAAAAGUACCCGGAGCAGAUCGGCCUCGAUCCCGAAGAGGAAAAGCAAGUAUUGGAGCAGAGCCUCGUUCCGCUCUCCGCAGCCGGUGUCAGUACAAAGGACAAAGCAGCCAAGCCGGCAUCGACGCAGAAGGGCGCAAAAAGCAAGGCAUCGGAUGCGCCCGAGUCUUCAAGCAAGUCAUUGGCAAAGCAGCUCGAGACGGAUGCGCGCGAUCCAUCGCGUCUCAACGUCACUGCAAUCAUCAAGGAGGACGGGCUGGAGCGCUUUCCGGAUCAGUCGGGCCGGCUGUGGACGGGACUGGCGACCUACUGGAUCAAGCGCGGCGAGUUCGACGUGGCGAGCGCCACCUUCGAGGCGGGCAUGAAGGCAGUCAAGACGGUGCGCGACUUUACGCAGAUUUUUGACGCGUACGCAGAGACGAGCGAGAACGUGAUUGCUUUCAUGAUGGACGAGCUCGCCGAAGAUGGCGGAGAGGAGGAAGAUGACGAGGAGGAGCCACGCGAGCAGAAGGAGGCGGAUCUCGACCGUCGCAUGCAAGAGUUUGAAGAGCUCAUGGAGCGACGACCGUUCCUGGUCAACGACGUGCUGCUGCGACGCAAUCCGGACGACGUGCAGGAGUGGGAGAAGCGUGUGGUGCUCUACGGCGACAACGACGACAAGAUCAUCGAGACAUAUCGCGAAGCCAUUCAGAAGAUCAAUGCGCGCAAGGCGACGGCCAACUUCCACCAGCUCUUCCUCAACUUUGCCCAAUUCUACGAGUACGGGGGGUCCGCCGGCCUUGCCAGACGUUCGCAAGAGAGAGCCGAGGAAGCGGCCGGCGAAGGAGCCGACGUCGCGAAUGGAGAGGAGGAAGAGGUCGAGGGCGAUCUGGAAUCGGCGCGCAGGAUCUUUGAAAAGGCAGUGACGGUGCCGUUCCGACGCGUCGACGACUUGGCCGAGGUGUGGUGCGAGUGGGCCGAGAUGGAGCUGCGGCACUCGAACUACGACGGCGCCAUCCGGGUGAUGGCACGAAGCGUGGCACCGCCCAAGAAUGCCAAGGGCGUCCAGUACCACGACGAGGCGCUGGCGCCGCAGACGCGGCUGUUCAAGUCGCUCAAGCUGUGGAGCUUCUACGUGGAUCUGGAAGAGUCGCUGGGCGACGUGGAGAGCACGAAGCGCGUCUACGAAAAGAUGCUCGAGCUCAAGAUCGCCAAUGCGCAGAUCAUGAUCAACUACGCGGCGUUUCUGGAGGCCAACGAGUACUUUGAGGAGACGUUCAAGGUGUACGAGCGCGGCGUCGAGCUCUUCACGUAUCCGGUGGCGUUCGAGAUCUGGAACGUGUACCUCAGCAAGUUUAUCAAGCGCUACGGAGGCACCAAGCUGGAGCGUGCACGGGAUCUGUUCGAGCAGGCGCUGGACAAGUGUCCAGCUCGAUUCUGCAAGCCGCUCAUGCUGAUGUACGGCAAGCUGGAGGAAGAGCAUGGAUUGGCGAAGCGGGCGAUGAAGAUCUACGAGCGGGCGACGCGGGCGGUGGGGAGCGAGGAGCGCUUCGACAUGUUUACCUUCUACAUUGCGAAAGCGGCGGCGAACUUUGGGCUGGCGGCGACGCGGCCGAUCUACGAGCGCGCGAUCGAGGCGCUGCCGGAUGCGCAGACGGCCGAGAUGUGCGUGCGCUUCGCCGAGCUGGAGCGCAAGCUGGGCGAGAUCGACCGGGCGCGUGCGAUCUAUGCGCACGCGGCGCAGUUCUGCGAUCCGCGCACCCACACCGAGUUCUGGAAGCAGUGGAACCAGUUCGAGAUCGAGACGGGAUCCGAAGACACUUUCCGCGAGAUGCUGCGCAUCAAGCGCUCGGUGCAGGCGCAGUUCAACACGGACGUCUCGUACAUUGCUGCCUCGGCACUCACGCAGGCUCAACGCAGUCAAGCCCAGCAGGCGACCCAGCAGGACGCGGCAGGCGUCAAUGGCAGCGGUGGCGAGCUUGCGCAAGCUGAUGCGGCCGAAAGCGACGAUCCGAUGGCAAGAGUCGAGGCAGCGGCAGCAGCAGCAGCAAGACCAGCCGGACGCCAACCUGCGUUUGUGGCCGCCACAACCGCCGCCAGUGGAGCACGGACCGAGAACGACCAAAACACGCGGAACGACGAAGUGGUGGGCGGCAACGACGACGACGAUGACGACCUUCUUUAG